CUUGACAGCUUGCAAGCGGGAUCGCCCACGUUACCCCAGAGGGUCUUAUUGGGGGUGGGGGGUAACUGGUGGAAAGGAACAGCACCCUGGAGCCCGAGGAGAGGACAGCCGCGCUGCUUAACCUCACUGCUAACAUGUUGUACCUUGAGAAUAAUGCCCAAUCCCAGUAUAGUGAGCCACAGUAUACAAAUCUGGGGCUCCUCAACAGCAUGGACCAGCAGAUCCAAAAUGGCUCCUCAGCCACAAGCCCGUACAACACGGACCAUGCUCAGAACAGUGUGACUGCGCCCUCCCCUUACGCCCAGCCCAGCUCAACCUUUGACGCCCUCUCGCCCUCGCCGGCCAUCCCCUCCAACACAGACUACCCAGGGCCUCACAGCUUUGACGUCUCAUUUCAACAAUCAAGCACCGCCAAAUCGGCCACAUGGACGUACUCCACCGAACUGAAGAAGUUGUACUGCCAGAUCGCCAAGACGUGUCCCAUUCAGAUCAAGGUGAUGACGCCCCCUCCCCAGGGCGCCGUCAUCCGUGCCAUGCCCGUGUACAAGAAAGCAGAGCACGUCACCGAGGUGGUGAAGCGCUGCCCCAACCACGAGCUCAGCCGGGAAUUCAACGAAGGUCAAAUAGCUCCUCCCAGCCACCUGAUCAGAGUGGAAGGAAACAGCCAUGCUCAGUAUGUUGAGGACCCCAUCACUGGCAGGCAGAGUGUCCUGGUCCCUUAUGAGCCACCGCAGGUCGGCACAGAAUUCACCACUGUCUUGUACAAUUUCAUGUGCAACAGCAGUUGCGUCGGGGGCAUGAACAGGCGUCCGAUUCUUAUCAUCGUGACACUUGAAACCAGAGAUGCCAGCCCUCCCCGUGGCUGUGAGCUAACAGACCCCCCGUUUUCUCCAUCCUCCAGCGGGCAAGUCCUGGGGCGGCGGUGCUUCGAGGCUCGGAUCUGCGCUUGCCCGGGCAGGGACCGCAAAGCCGACGAGGACAGCAUUCGGAAGCAGCAGGUCUCCGACAGCACAAAGAAUGGUGAUGGUACGAAGAGGCCCUUCCGGCAGAGUACACACGGCAUCCAGAUGACUUCGGUCAAAAAACGGCGCACUCCCGAUGACGAGCUGCUAUACCUACCAGUGCGAGGCCGGGAGACGUAUGAGAUGCUGCUGAAGAUCAAGGAGUCUCUGGAACUGAUGCAAUACCUCCCUCAACACACAAUUGAGACGUACCGGCAGCAGCAGCAGCAACAACAACAACACCAGCACCUGUUGCAGAAACAGAACUCCAUCCAGUCCCAGUCUUCCUAUGUGUCCACCUCUCCUCCGCUCGGCAAGAUGAACAGCAUGAACAAGCUGCCCUCUGUCAGCCAGCUCAUCAACCCACAGCAGCGAAAUGCCCUGACCCCCACCUCGAUGCCCGACAGCAUGGGAGCCAACAUUCCAAUGAUGGGGGCCCACAUGGCAAUGGCCGGCGACAUGAACGGGCUCAGCCCAACCCAGACGUUGCCCCCUACCCUCUCCAUGCCGUCGACAUCCCACUGCACCCCGCCACCCCCUUACCCAACAGACUGCAGCAUUGUCAGUUUCUUAGCAAGGCUGGGCUGUUCCUCCUGCGUGGAUUAUUUCACGGCGCAAGGGCUGACCACCAUCUAUCAGAUUGAACACUACUCCAUGGAUGAUCUGGUGAGCCUCAAAAUCCCGGAGCAAUUCCGCCAUGCCAUUUGGAAAGGCAUCAUGGACCACCGGCAGAUCCACGACUUCUCCUCCGCCCCCCACCUCCUGCGUACCCCCGGGGCCGCCUCGGCGGUCAGCGUGGGCCCCAGCGAGACCCGCGGGGAGCGUGUCAUCGACGCCGUGCGCUUCACCCUCCGCCAGACCAUCUCCUUUCCUCCCCGCGACGAGUGGAGCGACUUCAACUUCGACCUGGAUGCCCGCCGCAACAAGCAGCAGCGCAUCAAGGAGGAAGGGGAGUGAGGAACCGGCCUGUGGUUCUCCCUCCGCCCCCCGCCCCACACUGAUGGACCUCUGGGCUGCUCCUGCCUCUCCCUGCUACUCUCAGAUGGUGCGAGGGGCUUGGAGAGGACGGGGGGUUGGCCAGUGCUCUCCAGCGCUAGCUGCACCUGUCCUUCCGAGCUUGCAGCCUCCACGCUUUGCUGGAAGCACAGCUAUUUUGUAUUUUCUCGCAAGCCAUAGCUUUCAUUUGUUGGGGAGGGGUGGGGUGGCCUUUGCGGCUUCUGCUCGACAAGGACUGCAUGUUGUAAGAAGUGGCGGGUGUCUGGAGAAAUGCGGAUUCCCCCAAUUGUGGCACUCGACCCUUUCCACUUCCGCCGAACUGGACCAGCUGCAGUGUGCCCCCGUGUGUGACCAGAUCAAAUAUCCUGUGCAAACUUUUGUAUGGAUCCCUUUCUGUGGGGAUCCCUUUCUCGGGUGCCUUUCAGGGUGCUUGUUUUGAGGUUUUUAAGGGUCCAAUGCCUUUGGUUGGGGAGGCCUCUCAUCUGCGACAGCAUUGCCUAGUGGUUGGAGUUUGAUGAUUUCCAAGUUUGAAUUAUGAUGGCUUACCUAUGCUCUGCAUAGUGGGUUUCCUGCUGGCCAACCUUUCAUUUUAAGUUUUGCUUUUGGGGGUUAGCGGUGGUUUUUUUUGGUGGGGGUAGCCCACUUCCUUCACCCCAGCCAAUUCUUCCUUCAGCAGCAAAUACAAAGAAACUCUUGACCAGGAACCCUUAUCGCCAGGUUCCCUUUGAGAUCGCCAAAUAUACCUGCCCGCCCCCCGUUAUAUUUGGGCUUGCAAAAUCUCCCCUUGAAGCAAGCAUGAUGAUGUAAAUAUGGGGAGAGUUGCCUCUGCGUCAGAUUUCACUUACCAUUUCAAUGAGUGGGUUAUUUGGGCAAGAUCUUGGAUUUUUCUUAACUCCUGACCUGGAUUUCAUGAAUCGCCUAGCCACAUAAAUGCACUCAGGGUGGCUUCUGUGGUUGGAUUCCAGCAGAUCUGCAUUUUCCCUUCUCUCUUUCCUUCCUUUCCCCCCACCUGCCUUUCAGGAAAACUAGCUCCUGAGACAUCUGCUGUAAACUGGCUGCACUAGACAAGGCAUGCUAGAGACCAUGAAUGCCCAAGGGGGCAGAUCUUCCUGGUGUUUUCGUGCCUGUUUUCUAUUCUGUCAUCUCAUUCUACCAUGCAAGAGUCUUUCCCUCAACUACUUUCCCUCUCCUCAACACAUCCCCAGGCUGCAAAUUUCUACUGUAGAAAUUGGAGUUCUUGGUAAAGUCCAGAAGUAAACGAAAAGUUGCAAGAACUCGGGCCAGAAAGGAUAAUUUCAAAAAAUAUUCACAAAGUUUUAUUCAGGAUAACUUCCAGUAAAUAUCAACAUCAGGACAAGGCCCUGUUUCGAUGAUUCUUCAUCAGCUGGAAUGUAAAAGUUAACAUAAAUG